GUGAAGAAGUAACCAACCCGUGAGCUCCAUUAUUGAAAAGAACCAACCCCGUGAACUCUGCCAUAUACAGUAACACUAGUAAAUUACCUUUCAAAUUUCAAAGAAAGUGCCACGAAAUAAACGUUUCAAGUUCAUUGUUCAUAAUAUUAAUAUAUGCUUCUUUUCAAGUGAUAGAUUCACGUUACCAUAUUGUAACCAAAAAAAGAUUCACGUUGCCAUAUCCAAUCCUCUAAACACUUGUAUAUUCAGAUGGCUAGCAGCAGCAACUCGUCUUCAGCUCUUGUGACUUCUUCAAGAAGAAAUUAUUACGAUGUGUUUAUCACCUUUAGAGGUGAAGACACUCGGAACAAUUUCACUGAUUUUCUUUUUGAUGCCCUUGAAACAAAAGGCAUUUUUGCAUUUCGAGAUGACACUAAUCUUCAACAGGGUGAAUCCUUAGAACCCGAGCUUCUUCGAGCAAUCAAAGGAUUUCAGGUUUUCGUUGUCGUCUUUUCAAGGAACUAUGCUUCCUCAACAUGGUGCUUAAAAGAAUUAGAGAAGAUAUGUGAAUGCGUUAAGGGAUCCAAAAAACAUGUUAUUCCUGUUUUCUAUGAUGUUGAUCCUUCUGAGGUUCGAAAGCAAAGUGGUAUUUAUUGUGAAGCCUUUGUCAAGCAUGAAAAAAGAUUCCAACAAGGCUUUGAGAUGGUGUCAAGAUGGAGGGAAGCUCUAAAACAAGUGGGGAGUAUAUCUGGUUGGGAUCUAUGUGAUAAGCCACAAGCUGGAGAGAUUAAAAAGAUUGUUCAAAAGAUAAUGAAUAUAUUGGAGUGCAAAUCUUCAUGUGUUUCAAAAGAUUUAGUUGGGAUUGAUUCUCCUAUAGAAGCAUUAAAAAAUCAUUUGGUUUUGGACUUGGUUGAUGGUGUUCGUGCUAUAAGAAUUUGUGGAAUGGGAGGAAUAGGGAAGACAACCCUUGCUAUGAAUUUAUAUGGCCAAAUCUCUCAUCGAUUUAGUGCAUCCUGUUUCAUUGAUGAUGUAAGCAAAAUUUAUAGAUUAUAUGAUGGCCCAAUUGAUGCACAAAAGCAAAUCCUACAUCAAACUCUCGGCAUAGAACACCAUCAAAUAUGCAAUCGUUACAGUGCAAUUGAUUUGAUACAACGUAGGCUACGUCGUGAAAAGGCUCUUCUGAUUUUUGAUAAUGUGGAUCAAGUUGAACAAUUGGAAAAAAUAGGUGUGCAUCGUGAAUGUUUAGGUGCGGGUAGUAGAAUUAUUAUCAUUUCUAGAGAUGAACAUAUAUUGAAAGAGUAUGAAGUGGACGUAGUUUACAAAGUUCAACUUUUGAAUUGGACCGAAUCUCAUAAGUUAUUUUGUCGAAAAGCUUUCAAAGCUGAGAAAAUUAUUAUGAGUAAUUAUCAAAAUUUGGCAAAUAAGAUAUUGAAUUAUGCUAGUGGUCUACCACUUGCAAUUAAAGUAUUGGGCUCAUUUUUGUUCGGUCGUAAUGUGACUGAAUGGAAGAGUGCAUUGGCUAAAUUGAGAGAAAGUCCAAAUAAAGAUGUCAUGGAUGUGCUGCAAUUAAGUUUUGAUGGGUUAGAGAAGACGGAAAAACAAAUAUUUCUUGAUAUUGCUUGUCUUUUCAAUUGUCUGGACAUGGAAUAUGUUAAAAACAUUCUAAAUUGUUGUGGAUUUAAUGCUGAUAUUGGAAUAAGAGUUCUCAUUGAUAAAUCACUUAUAAGCAUUAAUGGUCAAAAUAUUGAAAUGCAUUCUUUGUUGAAAGAGCUAGGCAGAAAAAUUGUGCAAAAAACUUCAAGCAAAGAGCCAAGAAAAUGGAGCAGGUUGUGGUCUGCAAAACAACUCUACGAUGUUAAGAUGGAGAAUAUGGAAAAGAAUGUUGAAGCCAUACUUUUGAAACGUAAUGAAGAGGUGGAUGUUGAACACUUAUCAAAAAUGAGUAAUCUUAGACUUCUCAUCAUCAAGUGCAAUUGGAAUAUCUCAGGAGGCUCAAAUUUUCUUUCAAACGAAUUAAGAUAUGUUGAUUGGCAUGAAUAUCCUUUCAAGUAUUUGCCAACAAGUUUUCACCCCAAUGAACUUGUAGAAUUGAUCUUGUGGUGUAGCAACAUUAAACAACUAUGGAAAAACAAGAAGUAUCUUCGCAAUUUGCGAAAAUUGGAUCUAAUGGGUUCAAUAAAUCUAGAAAAGAUAAUAGAUUUUGGAGAGUUCCCAAAUCUUGAGUGGUUAGAUUUGGAAUUAUGUAAGAACCUUGUUGAGUUGGAUCCAUCUAUUGGACUUCUAAGAAAGCUUGUUUACUUGAAUUUGGGAGGAUGUAAAAAACUUGUGGAGUUGGAUCCAUCUAUUGGACUUCUAAGAAAGCUUGUUUGCUUGAAUGUAAAAGAUUGUGAAAAUCUGGUAAGCAUACCCAACAACAUAUUCGAUCUUAGCUCUCUUGAAUAUCUAAAUAUGAAUGGCUGUUCCAAAGUGUUUAACAAUUCAUUGCCAUCUCCCACAAGACACACAUAUUUGUUGCCAUCCUUGCAUAGCUUAGAUUGUUUGCGUGGAGUUGACAUUAGCUUUUGCAAUCUAAGCCAAGUUCCUGAUGCAAUUGAAGAUUUACAUUGGCUAGAAAGAUUAAAUUUAAAGGGAAACAAUUUUGUGACACUACCUAGCCUGAGGAAGCUUUCCGAACUUGUAUAUUUAAAUUUGGAACACUGCAAGUUGUUGGAAUCUUUGCCUCAACUUCCUUCCCCUACCACUAUUGGGCGGGAACGAGAUGAGAAUGACGAUGACUGGAUUUCAGGAUUGGUCAUUUUCAACUGUUCAAAAUUGGGUGAGAGGGAACGUUGCAGUAGCAUGACAUUUUCAUGGAUGAUACAAUUCAUUCUGGCCAAUCCACAAUCCACCUCUCAAAUUGUUAUUCCAGGAAGUGAAAUACCAAGUUGGAUCAACAAUCAGUGUGUGGGUGAUUCAAUACAAAUAGACCUAUCUCCUGCUAUGCAUGAUAAUAACAAUCAGAGCCAUUACUUUGUAUGUUGUGCAGUAUUUACCAUGGUGCCUCAGUUGUCAGCCAAUAUGUUACUGAUUUUCGAUAAUUCCAGCAUUAUGUGGAUUCCCAUAAGUAUCAAUAGAGAUCUUGUUACGACCGAAUCAAGUCACCUAUGGAUAGCCUACAUCCCCCGAGAUUCCUAUCCUGAAAAUGGAAAUAUGUAUUUUAAAAUGGAAAUAAGUAUUAUAAAAUUAUUGGGUAUCGAGGAGAGUGAAGGUUUGGGUUUUGAGGUGAAGAGUUGCGGGUAUCGUUGGGUAUGUAAACAAGACCUACGAAAGUUGAACUUCACAAUGAUGAAUCAUGAAAAUUCCUUUGCUCAAAAGUGUAAGAUUAUGGCAAUUGAAGGCGAGACACAACCACAACCAGAACAAGAAUCAUUCAUCUCACAAGUCAUAACUACUUCGAAGAAGGAAGAAACAACAGAUGGAUCACAAGAAGGUCACGAAGAGUUUCAACCUAACACGUUUGGAUUUUUAAAAAAUAAAUCUCAAACCUCUACAGUUGAAGUGGCUGAUGAAAGUGUAACAGAAAAUGUAGUUGAUCAAAUUGUUGCCGAAUAUGAACAACAAUCACAUAUCGAUAAUGGAAAGGAAGAUGAUUCCGCUGCAACACAGACAGACAGUGAUGCAGUUGAGCCUUGCCAUGUUAUCACAGAAUCAGAAGAUGACAAUGUUGAAGAUGUUCUAGAUAACAAUGAGAUUGAUGCUAGUUUGAGUGGACAAAGUGAUGAUUUGUCUCCUGAGGGAGGCGUGAAUAAAGAUGUAACAGAAGAAACUGAACAAGUUCCCUCUCCUGAAAGUCCUGCCACUGAAGAAGUGCAAGAAGAACAAAUACCUGUCACCGUACAAGUUGAAGAGGUUGCAAUUGCAUCCGAGACAAACCGGAUAUCUAAUUCUAAUGGACAAACAGAAGGCUCGAGUGAAGGUUUCAAUUUCAGUCGCCCGAUGAUCAUCUUGUUUUUGUCCCUACCUGUGUUGAAAUUAUUAAGGAUGUGGGUAUGGAGGUGAAGAGCUGCAGGUAUAGUUGGGUAUGUAAACAAGACCUACAAAAGUUCAACUUAACAAUGAUGAAUCAUGAAAAUUCCUUGGUUCAGAAGUGCAAGAUUUUGGAAAUUGAAGAGUAGUGAUAGCAUAACACAUAAGUUUUUUUUCCAGAAAAGUAGUAUGAAAGGAUGGGAAUACAUUAUGGAACUAAAAAUGUUGUGUUUGCUUACUGUUGGCUGAUAUAUAGAAGAAAUAUGGAAUACAUUCUUUGGAGAAUUUGUUGAAAUUCUCCAAUUGCUGAUAAGAAAUCGAGAAGACUAACAGCCGAAGGAAAAACCGGAAAUCAACAGUAGUGGUUUCGGCCUCAUUAUUUCAACAAUUAAGUCAAGAAACAAGUGCUGGGAUUAUGGACUGUAAGAAAGCCUUAGCCGAAACUAAAGGUGAUCUUGAAAAGGCCCAAUCAUACCUUAGAACAAAG